AGAACAUGCCACGAAUCGUGACCUCACUGUCAACUAAGUAAUAUGUACGAUGCAACUGCAUGACAAACAGCGCCUGUUGGAUGUCGCCUAGCAACAGGAUACUAUUACCCCAAUGGAAACAGCAGCUGCUACCCGUGCUGGCCGCAAUUCGGGUCGCUUCGUUGACGUAACCGAGGCAGAGAGGGCCUAUCUCGGUGAUGGACGGGAUAAGCCUGAAGCACCUUCCAGACCUGAUCAGCUGAGCCUUAAGGAGUUGGACUUCCAGUUGGAAAGAAACCGUUCACUCCAUCACACCUCUGAUUACGAGAUAAAUAACCUGUUCGUCAGGCGAGGGCAGCGUUUUGAUCUCACCGUCACUUUCAACAGGGAACCGAAGACGGAGGUGUUUGGGCUGGAGUUGACUGUUCGUGGUGCCAAAGUUUCUUCUGCCCACAAUGGCACGGUGAUCCGUAUGCCCUUCAGUCGGAGCGAAGAGACCCUCGGCGAAUGGGGGAUCCGUGUCGUCGGUACUAAAGGUCCCGAGUACCAGCUCGUGGUUAGCUGCCCUCCUAAUGCCAUCGUCAGUCGCUACAAUGUCGCCGUCGUUAUAUUGGAUACAGAAAACGCAGAACCCAGGUACUUCAAGCAGAAGGACCCCAUCUUUGUGCUCUUCAAUGCCUGGUGUCGUGAAGACACGGUCUUCAUGGAAGGUGACGCCCAGAAGGACGAAUACGUGCUCAACGAUACGGGAUGCGUCUUUACGGGAACCACUCGACGUCAGUAUGCCCGAUCGUGGGUCUUUGGCCAGUUUGAGGAUAUUACCACGGACGUCGUGUUUGACCUGCUUGAAAGAUGGGUGGAAAAGGCAAAGUCUCGUGCUGACCCCGUCGUAGUUUCUAGAACGUUCACUCAUCUGAUUAAUUACUUUCCUACUGAAGAGAAGGCAUCCAAGGUGGGGCUGCUCGUGGGAAACUGGAGUGGAGACUAUGAGGAUGGAAAAAGUCCAUCCUCGUGGACAGGCAGUACAGCUAUCUACGAGGCGUACGCCAAAUCGAAUUGUGAACCCGUGAAAUACGGCCAGUGCUGGGUAUUCAGCGGUGUGUUGUGCACCGCCAUGCGCUGUCUCGGCAUACCCUGCCGAAGUGUGACCAAUUUUUCCUCGGCUCACGACACCGACGCCAGCAUGACGAUCGAUGUGAUUUUAGACUCUGAGACCAAAGAAACGCUCGAUUAUAUGUCCGACGAUUCAGUUUGGAAUUUCCAUGUGUGGAACGAGGCAUUUUUCACCCGCCCAGACCUCCCCCCACUGAUGGGAGGCUGGCAAGCCAUCGACGCCACCCCACAGGAGAGUAGCAAAGGCUUUUUCCAAAUGGGUCCCGCUCCUAUCGCUGCAAUCAGGCAAGGCUUGACAUACAUGAACUAUGAUACCAAGUUUGCUUUUGCUGAGGUCAAUGCUGACCGAAUCUACUGGCUGGCGACUAAGAAAGACAUGGGCCCCCCGGAGCUGAAAAGGCUUUGGUGUGAUACCAACGCUGUCGGCGUGAGGAUCAGUACCAGGAAGCCCGGCAGAGAAAUAGGCAACAUCAGGGAGGAUGUUACCGCCCAAUACAAAUUUGCAGCAGGGAGUGAGGAGGAGAGGAGUGCCGUGGAACGAGCCGUUUCUUUCGGCACCAGACCGAACACUUAUAGGCCCGACAGGAAGGAGGACGACAUCGAGGUCGAGGUCUUGCUGGCCGAAGACACACCCAGUGGUAGCGACAUCGAACUCAAGGUGGCGGUCAACAAUAAGAGCUCGGUGUCUCGCACCGUCUCCUUUGAUGUUGUAGCCUACAUGUGUUUCUAUACAGGUUUGGGCAAAGCCAACAUGAAGAGCAUGAAGAAAGAGGUGACCGUUCCGUCUGGCAAGUCGGUCCAAACCCUUGAUGUGCUUGGUCCAGACCUCUACUGUCGCUACCUGGUUGACCAGCCUUGCAUCAAGUUCUGUGUCUUCGGAGAAGUCCAGGAAACAUCCCAACUAAUCGUGUGUCAGGAUACAGUAUCCCUCACACCACCAGAGAUGAAGACGGAAGCCAAGGUGGAUGGGUACGAGGUGAAGAUCGAGGCCGAGUUUGUCAACCCCCUUCCCAUCACGCUCACCAAUUGUACAAUCCGCAUCGAGUGCCCGCUCAUUGGCCGGUCCAUGACACUCGGACAAAAUGAUGUCCCUCCAAAAGGGGUCUACAAAUUCGGGAUGAGCUUCCCGCACCAGAAGAAGGGAAAGAAGCACCUCGUCGUCGACUUUGACUCAAAGCAGAUGGGGAACGUCAUUGGCGACAUCUUCAUGGAGGUCUAGGUUCCAACACUCUAUGUCUGAAGCGAACAGGUACUCCACAACAGAAUGAAUGGGGCAACUCAGAUGGGUGUUUUACAAAACUGAACGUAAGGUUAUGAACGACUUUAGGAACAACAAGUUUUAUGGCAAGCCACUCGAUCGCAGUUCUCAAUAUCGUCAAACCACAUUAGCUCAACUUGCAAAGUAGGGUCACUUUUUUUUUUAAUUAAAUACGUUUUUUAAAUGCAAAGUUUGGUCGAGCAGGGAUUUCUGAUACUGUUGACCCAGGUUUGAUUCCACCUUGGUGCGCUAGUGCCCUUUAGGAAGGCAAUUACCCUCAUUACCAGGUCCCUUGGAGAGGAUGUUAAACCUUUGGUCCUCUGGUUUCUUCCUUACAAGCAUCCUCCUUUUAAAAUAUUCAGGUUUAAAAAAAAACACCACCACAUUUCCUUCACAAUUCAUUAUAAGUCCGUACAAACAAGGUCGCAAGUUGUUUAGGCUUCAGCAGUUAUUUGGGGUUUACAUUUGGCUCUCCAUACUCCUGUUGUGGUAAAGUUAUGUUAUGGAAAGCUACAUGAAACAUACCUCUGGAUCCAAUGUGGUGGAUGUUGGAAAGGACCUUCAACAUGACUUGAAGACUAGGUUCAUGGUAAAUUGGCUUUCUUUUAAGAGAACAAAAAGCAGCUUGUCAAACGAGCUUUUCAAAUGAUUAUUCACGCUCGCUAUCCCGUUCUGUUCAUUCUGUUGUGACAGUAUUUUGUCAAAGUAGAACUUUUGUCAAAGUAGAAUGAUUAGUCCAAAGAUUACUCUCACUCACAUUUUUUUUUGUCAGUUUGUAUGUACUUUCAAUCAUUUCAAUUGCUUGUACUUUCUUGAGAGUGAUACAUAAAAUAGUUUGGAUUUUUUUCCUGUGUAGUUUGUAUUGAUCCAAGUCGUAGGAUUACGUACCAGAUAUCGUACCAAUUUAGAAUGGUUUGUAUGUUCAUGAAAUGUACUUAUUGAUUUUUGACUAACCAAGUUGGUUUUUAGUACAGUUACUUUUUCUUAUAUGUGUUUAGUAUACUAAAUAGAUUCAUUUUUCAGUAUCAAGAUAAUAGAAUCAUGUCCAAGUAAUCAGUAUAAAAAGUGAAACUUUUGUGCUUAAUGUUAAAUGCUUUAUUUUGCCAGCUGGAAACAGACUUUCUGAUAUUUUUUUUUAUUUUUCUAAGAGAGAAACGGUUAACCACAAGGUCCUUAUUUAAAGUCACUUUUAAAGUGCAUGGAAUUUCAGAAAUUCUAUACUUUGUCAUUAAAUAUUUAAAUAGGCCAAGUAUUUAAUACUUCUCUUUUGUACUUCAUGAACAUUUAUGUGGUCACAAAGACUUUGUCAAUGUUCAGAAGGGAAACUUGUGAUAUUUUGACCCUAGAAUAUAUAUAUAUUUUUUGCAUUGCCUUGAAUAUUACUGAAAUGUGUCUGUUACCUUUCAAGAUUAUGAUCAUGAAACUAAAAUCAUGCAAUCAACAAAUGAUUGCAUCAAAUUAAAUCAAGAAAAUCCAGAAGGAAAUUGCUCUUUGAUAGGUAUGAAAAAUAUUUUUUAUAUGUUUAAUCAUCAAUUAUCAUAUUAAAUUAUAGCAAUUAUUGAUACUUCAAUACAGAAGUAUUGUAUUCAACUAUUUUGUUUGAAUCAAACACAUAAUCAACAAGUCAGUUAAUUAAAUCAAGAAAAUCAGAUGGGGAAUAUUCUUUUGUGAAUAGAAAUUCACAUUCUCUGCUGAUUUUGAGUCAUGAAUAUUGAUGAUCAUUGAUGAUAAGCCUAUUUUUGUUAUCAUAUUUGUUUGCCUUGAAAUCUUCUUAAGCUGAUACUUGUCUAUUCAUGUUUUUUCUGCGUAAACUCAAAUUCAGUGUAGUCUGGUUGUGGUAAAUUCAAUGUCAUCGUAACAUUAACUUGCUUUAUGAUUAUUGAUGAUAAGCCUAUUUUUGUCAUAUUUGUUUGCCGUGAAAUCUUCAUAAGCCGAUACUUGUCUAUUCAUGUUUUUUUAGUAAUCUCAAAUUCAAUGUAGUCUGGAUGUAGUAAAUCCGAUGUCAUUGUGACAUGAACUUGAUUUAUGAAUUGUUUUUAGAUUAGAUUUCAUCGUGCCUUAGAUGACCUAUUUGUUUUCUAGUAUUUGGGAUAGUUUUAGGGUGUUGAGGUUAGUGGUAAUGUCUGUGUAUUAAUGUACAGUACUUUGAGUUUGUGUGUGAAAUCUACAUGUAGACUACUCAAUGGGUCGUAGGGUUUUCAUAUAUUCCUCUAUUUUGUGUAGUAUUUUUGAACGAGUAACGUUUUUUCUACGGAAACAAAUAGUCUUUAGUGGCCUUUGGUGUUUCUAUUCAAUAAUUUUGAUAGGAUACACUACAUAUUGAAAGGUGCUAGUACAUAUAGGUACAGAGUGCCUUUUCUGUUUCUGAAAUAAUUCUUCGUUCAAUUUCUAUGGAAUGAAAUGAGUUCAUUUAUUCACAAUACAGCAACAGUGCUUUGAGAAGCAAAGGCAAUUUUCAUUUUCUAGAAGAAUUCACCCGACUAUUCAGGCGACUUAUGAUUACAACAGUCUGUGCUGCGUGUUUUAGCAGGAAUCUGAUAAAGUGCAUGACCUUUCAAAUGGUGCGACCUUGUGACCUUUGAACUUUCUCAGCAUCAUCUGAAAUGGGGGAAGUUGGUCGGUGAGGAAAAGGCGUUCAAUAGGUUUUUUUCGUUAAAAGACGCAGCUCAGUCCAAAAUUCAAGGAGCCCGUUUCACAAAAAGAAAAUAAAGAAGCGUGUUUCACAAACUGAUGCAGCACUAGCUUUUGAGACAAUUCAUUUUAACAUUUCCUUGUAUACAGUGUUUAAAUUCUACCACAUUAUGAAAGCAACCCUGGCGGAGAUUUUAUUGUGAAUAUUUUUAAAUGUGUUUAUUCGUGAGGCUGUCCAUUAAUUAUUUAAGUGUACAUGUAGGUUUAAAAAUUUGACCUGUUUAAUGUUUCUUUGUCAUUUGAUUAGUUAUUUUGAUUAUUGAGGAGAAAAAAGACAUUUCCCACCUUUUAGUAUUAGAGCUUCAGUUUCUACUUGAAAUCUCAAAAAAUACACUCUAUGGGAAUUUGAUUUGAUACAGUUCUUACUUGUCAUUUAUACCAUAGAGACCUUGUUAAAGUCCUAUUCAUGAAGGGGUGCAAGUUCUACUGGGGCGUACAUGUACUUAUUGCACAUUUAUGAAAUCAUAUUUAAUUUGAUUUCUCAUUUGCCUUUAGUAAUCAAUGGCUCACAUUCUACUACGCACAGAUCGCUACCAAAGAUACAUGUACAUGUAUUUGAUAGAUCAUGUGUCCUUGUUUGUAAAUGUACAUGUAUGUGCUUAAAUGGAAUCAUGGCAGCGUUAAUUGUUUCAUUUCAUUUUUGCAUCAAUAUUUUUGAUAUGUUGGUGUAAUUCAGUGUGCCUUUGACAGAACAAAAAUGAAUUGCUUGUUAGCUUCAUUUUUUUUUUCUGACUUAUGAUUUUCAUUACAGAUCGAGCAUGCGAUCUUAAACACAUGGGAGUAAUGCCGAAAAUUUGUUACAAAUUAGCUUAAUUUUUAUAUGAAUACCACAAUUUAAUCAGUUUCGGGUUUCUUGUACUAGAUAAUUGUCAUUUGUCUAUCCAUUGGGUGAAAAUGAAAAUGUAAAUUGAGUAAUAUGAGAUACAUGCCAACAGUACACAUUGGAUUUUUUUUUUCUCAAGAUGCUUAUUCCCGCAACAAUCUCACAAAUCACUUUUACUUGCCACAUUUAUCAGUAUCAACAUCUAUGAAGAUUAACUUGCAAAUAUACACAGGUUGCCCCCAAGAUACAGCUUCAACUCAGUGUAUCUCUGGGUACUAAUAUUUACCAAUUAAUUCCACUAUUUCUGGGCAUUUUGAUAUCUUUGUGCUUUAACUAAGUGUCUACUUGAAUUUACAGUACUUUUUUUGGAAACAAAGUUUCUUUUUUUUUGUACAGGGUAUCGUGAGGUACUCAAAUUAAAAGUUCUUUUGUGUAAGCUUUGGAUAGGAAAUGUACAUGUACUUAUUUCAUUUUUGUUUGUUUUUUUGUUCAAUGUAGAAUACAACAUGAACUCAAAUAAAUGAUUUCCCAUACGAUGGGUUAUAGUUAGGAAA